AUGUUGUUUUCAGUUGGAGCACUGUCCUCUUUGCUUGCAGUUGCAAGGCAUGUGUCUGCGGCCACUGCCGCUGCUCCUGCGCACUUCCUGAUGAUCAGCGGCGUGACGGCAGUUGAUGAGACUUGCCUGGCAGGGUCUGCAGCAGGUGUGUGGCUUGAAUCCUGCGAGAAGGCAGUGGCUGGCAUGAGUGGGGAAGAGAUCUGGAGCUUGGCGACAGAUGGGACCUUGGUGCACGCGCGAUCGAAGACGUGUCUCAGCCCGCAAGGAACAAGUGCUGCUGGUGUGCCUCUAGCGCUGGUGUCGUGCGACGCAGCUGGCGGCGUGGCGAAGUGGGAACUGCAAGGGAACGGUCAGGUCAAGAUGGCGCAGAGCAACAUGUGUAUCAGCCAGGUCGGGCCAAGUGGUGCUGCGGUCAACGCGGCCGCCUCAGCUUCAGUGUCUGCAAGCUCGACGUUAGAUCCCAGCCAUGGGGCAGCUUUGGCCGUUGACGGGGUGGCGUCCACCUACUGGGUUUCUAAACUGGACGAGGCAGAUGCCGUCAGCCUUCUCCUUGACUUCGGAGAGCCGGUGCAUGGAUCCGUCUUGGAGCUCGACUUCGAAUUCGUGCCUUCGGCGUUUUCAGUGCAGGCUGCGGAGGCCUCGUCGGAGAAUUGGCUGCAACUAUUUGCGACAGACUCGAACGCUUUGAAGCAUGUGAAGAUUCCUCUCGCGCCGGCCAAGCCCAUGUCGGCAGUCAGACUCAUCAUGAAGGAAGCCCAUCCGACACUCGGGACCAUGAACGGCCGUAAGCUUGUUGGGGUUCGCUCUAUCAGGCUGCUGACGCGGCUGCUGCAGCCGGCGCUGGAGCCAUGUGCAGUGGCGGCGAAAAGCCACGAUGCAAGAGACAAGUUCUUCACCGUUGCAGUCAGUGGCUUUGACCCGCAAGCUGGUGCUGCUUUGGCAGCCGAGAUGCCUGCGCUGGAGUCGGCAGAUGCGGCGCUUUCGUCUAUCGUUGUCGAGCUCGCGAAGGCCUUGCCUGCGAUCAGCUCCUGCAAGCCUGGCGGCCCUAUCUCCCUUCGUGCCAAUGCCACGAUCCAGAGCACUCAGCGACGCCGAGAAGUCCUCGACAUGGCGUUGGACGUGGGCCAGGAAGCAGCCUUGCUGGAGGAAGCCAGGGGCACCAUUGUCGCAGCGCGUGGGCUGCUGGCUUCGUCGUGA